AUGUUCACGAUAGAAGAUACUUCCACUUUAUACUCGUCCAUCCCUCUUCAAUAUGCUAUAUCUACGAAUCCAGACACGGCAAUCUUGACUGCGGUGAAAGACGUCACCAUCACGCAAGCGCUCUCACUCCUCUCUGCGGGCAUCUUCGCCCUCUAUGUCAACAGAGGCUUCAUCAGAUCCCAUCUACCGCCAUGGCUGAGGCCAUUCGCCAACGAAACCGCCCCCGAGGGCAUCAAGCGUCGCUUCUGCUCCGUCUGGGCCAUUCUCCUGCUUCUCAUCAGCAUCGCAGGGCUCGUCCUCUCCUUCGUCCCCGUCUUGCUGAAUCCGACCCGCUACCUGUACCUCUGGGAGGCGGUUCCCUGGGCGUCGGCCCUCUUCAUCACCAUCUGGGAUCGCCCGACCAAGACGCCAAAGCUCUUGUUGGUUCAAUACACGGCUAUCCUUGGCGCCAGCACCGCCAUGUACGCCAUCCGGUUCCUAGAUCGCUCUCUCUACGGCAUCGACCGCUUUCGUCUCGCCAGGAUGGCCCUCUCCGGCCUGGCCAUGAUCCUCAUUGGCAUGAUGCCUCUCCGGGAGCCCAGCUGGGGCAGCAGAGACAUCGGCCAGUCCCACGGCAAGCCCUUGCGCACCCUACGCAGCCCCGAAGACGACCUGAGCCUCUUUCGCUUCUGGACAAUGAGCUGGGUCAACCCCCUGGCCCGGCUCUGCCGCAAGCGCGAGAUCACAGAGGACGACGUCUGGCAGCUGCCCUUUGAGUUCCAGCACCUGCGCCUGUACAUGGCCUUCCGCGAGCUUCAGGGAAAGCUCCUCCCGUGCUUGAUCCGGGCCAAUGGCUUGGACUUGACGAUUGCGACGCUGCUGGCCGUGUCCGAGAGGGUUGCCGAGGUGUCCAACAUCCGGCUGACGAGCCAGCUGUACAAUGCGCUGGAUACGAGGAACCCGGAUGAUGCCAUAUUCUGGGGCUUGGUGAUGCUGGUUCUGGAUUGUGCUCGCCAGCUGUGCAAGACGACGUCUUCGUGGUACUCUCGCAAGGCGUACGAGCGGUCUCGCGGAGAGGCCUUCAUCGCGCUCUUCGGCAAGCUUUUGACGCGCGCAGUUCCGGGCUCGGACGUGACGGAAAAGGGCCCCGACGAACCAGAUGCUCCUCUAGGACGCGGGAAGCCCAGGUCAUGGCUGGCCAGGAUGCUAUGGAGGAAACCCAGCACCCCUAGACACAGCUCCAAGGCACUUCCCGGAUCAGCUUCAAACGCAAAGGUCGUCAACCUAGUGCGAGGAGAUACGUACGAGAUCUCGCAGCGGUUCUGGGAAUUCCCCAAGCUCAUCUCCCAACCCAUCAAGGUUGUCGUCACCAUGUACUACCUCAUCGACAUCAUGGGCUGGCCGUCAGCCAUCGGCGUCGGCCUGAUGCUCAUCUUCCUCUUCGUCAACUCGACGCUGGUCGGCAAGCUGAUCACGCUCGAACGACAACGAACAUCCAUCUCCGAUAAGCGCGCCCAGGCCGUCUCCCACUUUGUCGAGGCCAGCCGUCCCCUCAAGCUCAACGGCUGGACCGCCACUUGGAGCGCCAGGAUCAUGAAGUUUCGGGGCCUGGAAAUGGCCAAGCGGCUGAGCAUUGCCUACGUCUCUGCUGCCAUUUCCACCGUCAGCGUCGCUGGCGGGACGACGUAUCCGUUGGCCAGCAUCGCCUUGUACACGCUCAUUCUUCGACGAGGGCUGCCGAACGACGUGAUUUGGCCGUCGCUGCAACUGUUCUCCCAGCUGGAGAUGAGCGUCAAGGAGGCCUUUGAUCUCAUCUCGGCGUACUGGAAGGCCACGAUCCCCAUUGAGCGAGUCAACAAGUACAUGGCCGAGCCCGACAGAGACGACAUCUCCAACAACCCCCGCAGCGUCACGGACAUCGAGUUCCGCAACGCCUCCUUUUCCUGGCCCUCCACCGAGAAGCGCAUCCUCCAGGAUCUCAACUUUAAGUUUACAAAGGGCCUCACCGUCAUCCGAGGAAAAGUUGGGUCCGGAAAGUCGAGUCUUCUCCUCGCCGCCCUCAACGAGAUGGAGCUUCACGAAGGCGACCUCAUCAGGCCUGAUGUUCCUGUAGCUUAUACCCAGCAACUGCCCUGGCUGCAGAACAAGACGAUUCGAGAAAAUAUUGUCUUUCACCAGCCGUUCGACUCGUCAAGGUACCAACAGGUCCUCCACGCCUGCGCCCUUCUACCGGACCUCGCCUCGCUUCCGGACGGCGAUCAGACGAAGCUCGAAGAAGGCGGCAUUGGUCUUUCCGGAGGCCAAAAGGCGCGCGUGUCUCUCGCCAGAGCCGUCUACAGCCAGUGCAGUAUCAUGCUCCUAGACGACCCGCUUGCUGCUCUGGACCACGACACAGCAAGUGCGAUUGUUCGCCGAUUUCUCCAGGGUCCCCUUGCCGAGGGCCGUACCAUCGUUAUGGUGACGCACCGAGAUGAUCUUGUUCUCCGGAUCGCCGACAAGGUGAUUGAUCUAGACGACGGAAAGGCAACAGUGCUUUCAGAAGAACAAAUCCGGCUCGAGCUCGAGCAUCCAUAUCACGACAACGGAAAGACGACGCACGAUGACUCCGAGACAGCCCACGACAUCUCCUCCGAGAAUAUCGUCGUUCUCAAAGACGCCCCUGAGGAACCAGCAAAGACAGGAAGCGUACCACUGAGUGUCUACAAAGAAUACAUCCUCGCCGGCGGAUGGCACCUCUGGGUUCUCCUCGGCUUUUCAUACGGCGCCUCCCGGAUAUGCGACAUAUCACGCGCCCGCCUCCUAGAAGCAUGGGGCUCCAACUCCGUCCAACUCGGCACGAAGAGCACACGCUGGGGCCUCCUCCCUCCGCCAGACACACACCCCCUCCCCUGGCUCCUCGUCCUCGCCGGUCUCUCAGCAUGCCAAAUCGCAACAUACGCCGCGGCCCAGCUCCUCCUGGCGCAGAUCAGCGUUCGCGCAGCGCAGGGCCUGUUCAAGGUGGCCAUCGAAAAGGUCAGCAGGGCGACGUUCCGGUACCACGACACCACGCCGACGGGCCAGCUUAAGAACAGGCUCAUCGCGGACAUGGGCAUGGUGGACGGCGGCAUCGUCGCGCCCCUCGAGUCGUUCGUGUACAACCUCAUCGCCCUCGUCCUGAGCCUGCUCGCCAUCGCCUCCCACCAGCCCGCGCUGCUCCUCAUCCUCUCCGCCGUGGCGGCCCUCUUCGUGCACUUCUUCCGCAUCUACGUCCCCGUGUCGCGCUGCCUGCGCCGCAUGGAAAUGCGCUACCUGACGCCCAUCAUCGCCAACAUCGGCGUCAUGCAGGACGGCCUCGUCACCAUCCGCGCGCUGCGCGUCGAGCAGCACUUCCAGGACCGCCACCUCGACGCCGUCGACGACUUCCAGAAGCAGGACCACUUCUUCUGGAGCAUGGCUUUCUGGCUCGACUUUCGCCUCAGCCUGAGCUCUGUCAUGACGCGCACUGUCUUGAUCCUGUUCAUGGUCUGGCGCGGCACGAGCGCCAGCGCCGUGGGUUUUGUGCUGACACAGACGACGAUUGCGAUGGCGGCUGUGCAGCAGCUAUGCGAGCGGUUUGCGCAGCUGCAGCUCGACGCCGUGUCGUUGGAGCGCGUGAACAUGCUCAAGGAGAUUCCAGAGGAACCCAGUGGCGGAGAGGAGCCCCCCGAGGACUGGCCGCGACCGAGCGACGACGUCAAGUUUGAGCGUCUGUCGUUCAAAUACGACGCCCACCUGCCCUGCGUGCUGGACAACGUCUCGUUCGAGAUCCCCGGCGGCUCGACGUGCGCCGUCCUCGGACGCACAGGAUCCGGCAAGUCGACCGUUGCCAACGCCCUCCUCAUGACACAGGCCCCCCACGAAGGAACCCUCAAGAUCGGCGCCGUCGACCUCUCCCGCAUCAACCGCACCGCCCUCCGCAACCGCAUCACCUUCAUCCAGCAAGACCCCAUCCUCUUCCCCGGCACCCUCCGCGACAACAUCGACCCCGGCGCCUCCUUUUCCGAAAAGGCCUGCCAGGAGGCCAUAGCCCGCGUCCUCGGCGGCGCCUUCUCCGUCACCACGCAGAUCGACGCCGCGGGCAAGAACCUCAGCCAGGGACAGCGGCAGCUCGUGGGGAUCACGCGCGCUGUGCUGAGGAGGAGCGGGUUGGUGAUCCUGGACGAGGCGACGGCGUCGAUUGACCGCGCGACGGCGGCGACGGUGCAGCGGAUCUUGAGGGAGGAGUUGAGGGAGAGCACGGUGGUGACGAUUGCGCAUCGGCUGGAGGCUGUGGAGGAUGCGGAUUGGUGUUUGAGGUUGGAAGGGGGGAGGGUUGUUGGUUGCGGGCCUGCGAGGGGGGUGAUGGAUAAGGGGGGAAGUGAUUGA